AUGGUCUUUGAAGAUAUCUUUUAUCCGGGUAACGCAAGGAAGAGAAAGGAAGUGUCGGACUAUCAGAUCAAGUUCCAACUGAGGUUCAAUGAUUUUAAAAAAUCUUGGAACACAAUGUGUACAUCCUUCAAUAACGCAGUUCAACGGACGCGACCGGAUUGGAUUCUGCAACGACUCGACUAUACUCCGGAUUCACAAAAGGCAGAUGAUAUACUCAAUGGAAUCAAGAGCGUAAUGGAAGAUACAAAAGAUAAGAUUCCAAAGAUGGAACAUGACCUUGGUAUCAAGGAUAUAGCAGGAGCCUUUGAGAAAAGGGAUGCAGAAAAAUUUAAGAAAAUCUCCACAGCGUUAACUGCAUUAUUAGGCACAUUUGAAACUGUAAUUGUUAUACACGUUCUAAAGAUAAUAUUUAAGCAUGUGAAGCCCAUCUGUGGGAUUAUAGUAGCAAGCGUACGCAGACUUGGAGGAGUAAUUGGAUUCAUCUUGGGCGGUUUCGUAGCAACUUUGGUAGCAAGUGUUAUACUCGGAGCUAUAGAAAGUAAAAAAUUGGGAGAUGCUAUAGAAGAAUUUCGCAAGUUCGAUGAGGAUUGCAUCGAACACCUCGAGGACAUGCGCAGGAAGAUUGACGGAAUAAACCAGAAUAUCGUGGAUGGCAUUUAUAAGAUAAACGAUUAUUAUUUUAUACAAGACAGAAAGCUUAAAGAAGAUAUUCCUGUGGGAUUACAGAAAUUUUCCAUUGAAAUACCUUCAAAAUUUAUUAGGACAGUUUUCUACAAAAAUGUGGGCGAAAAAGGACCGACUCUUAAUGGAAAACAUGGUGUUUACUCUGAACACCUCAGAGUAUGA